AUGCAGAUGUCCCGAACUUCCUCAACUGCGACGCCCACAUGGCCGCAGUUCGAGCGGAAGCUCGAGGAGGUCAAGCCUUCCAAGACGGAUAUCAACUACUUGGUCAUGGACUACCUCAUCACUAACGGCUAUCCCGCUGCUGCGAACAAGUUCGCAGUAGAGGCCAAUAUCAAACUCAGAACGGACCUCGAGUCUAUUCAGGAGCGAGUUGAAAUUAGGACUGCGAUUUACUCCGGUGAUAUCCAGUCGGCCGUUGAGAAAAUCAACGAGCUCAACCCUCAGAUUCUUGACGAGGACCCAUCCUUGCACUUUGCUCUGUUGCGUCUGCAGCUGGUUGAGUUGAUCCGCUCAUGUAUGGCUGUCCCUGGCAGCGAUAUUAGCUCAGCGUUGGACUUCGCAACCUUGCAACUUGCACCUCGAGCCCCUACAAACCCACAGUUUCUGGAGGACCUCGAGCGAACGCUUGCCCUAUUGAUUUUCCCCAGUGACAACCUGGACCCGUCGCUUGCAUGUCUUCUGGACCCCGCGCUUCGUAAAGAUAUUGCAACCCAAGUAAACGAGGCGAUUCUGCAGAGUCAGGGAGCUCGCAAAGAGGCCCGCCUGCGCAAUCUCGUGAAGCUUCGCACUUUUGCCGAGAAAAAGGCCAGAGACGCCAAAAGAGACAUUCCAGACACCCUUGAUAUUGGCUUGGUCGGCGAUUCUCACAAGAACUCUAGUAAUGAUCUUGCUACUAACGUUUCCGACAUCUUGAUGUCUCACAACAGCGACGUCGACCCAAUGAUCUCUUGA